AUGCCUGAAUCGUUCAACCUGGCUGCGUCUUCCUCCUCCGAAAAUACAGCCAGCAGUACGCAUCACCGGCGACGAUCGUCCUCGCACAUAAGGCCGUUGAGCCUCAAUCACUCUUCCGCCAGCAAGGCGAACGGCAGCGGCAGCAGCGGGAACAGCCAUUUCGCUGUCAGCUCGGCUCGAACGGACUCCCUUGGCCAUCUGUCCGCCUCCCUAUCUCCCAUUCCCGGUACUCCCUCGGCGACGGGCCAUUCGCCCAUGUCGCUAUCUAGAUCUCCUUCACCGAGGCCAGGCGGAGGUUGGUCCAGCCCAGGCCUGACCACUGUCACUGCAGGGAGCAGUGGCAGCUCCAGUCCCCGACGAGGUUACGGCGAUCUCACCCCCAAUGGCCAGACAUACCAUGCAAACGGAGGACUAGAUAAUGCCGAAAACAAUGCCUCCUGGAUGGCUGCCAAAGCAAAGAGUGACCGGGUCAAGGGAUACCCUUCCUUUUCCACCAGGAACAACGGCUUCUUCUCCAGACAGAGAAGGAAAAUUUCUGCCAGCCUGCCUCGAUUCAGACUCAACUCCAUGCUAGACUACGGCGAGAAGGAGAAGCUGGGCAGAGGACGAUGGUCUGGUCCCAACGGCGGCCCUUUAUUAUUCAGGGUGAAAUCCCUGCUCGGCAAUCUUCUACGCCGCACGAGAAUACGUCUACUUCUAUUAUCGAUUUUGUUGUUUGUUAUUUGGCUUUGCUUUUCAUCUUCUAUCUAUGAAUCAUAUCGACGGACCUCCAUCGGCGGAGGAAAGAAAAUAGUGCUAAUCGUUGCGUCUAAUGUUGGUGGCGGUGUCAUGGAGUGGAAGGGAGCGAGAGAGUGGGCUAUCGAACGAGACAGUCUUCGCAACAAGAAGAAAUACGUGAAAAGAUGGGGUUACGACUUGGAGGUGGUCAACAUGGUCACCAAGAAACGAUACGCCCACGAGUGGAGAGAAGGAUGGGAGAAGGUCGAUGUCAUCCGUGGGGCGCUACGGAAAUAUCCCAAAGCUGAAUGGUUCUGGUGGUUGGACUUAAACACCUUUAUCAUGGAACCCUCCUACUCCGUCGAACAGCACAUCCUAGACAAUCUCGAUAAGAAGACCUAUCGUGAUAUCAACAAAUACAACCCUCUAAACAUCACCCACCCGCCCUCCAUACCUUACCUUGACCCCAUUUCCCUCUCUGCCGUAGGCGACAACAAGGCGUCGUCUAUAAAUAUGAUCGUUCCCCAGGAUUGUGCUGGAUUCAAUCUCGGUUCUUUCAUGAUCCGCCGCAGCACUUGGACCGACCGACUCCUAGACAUCUGGUGGGACCCGGUCCUCUACGAACAGAAACACAUGGAAUGGGAGCACAAGGAACAAGACAGCCUCGAGCACCUCUAUAUCAACCAGCCUUGGGUUCGGCCGCACGUCGCAUUCAUCCCGCAGAGGAGGAUGAAUUCUUUCCCACCCGGCGCCUGUGGAGACGGAACUGAUCCCGGUAUCCACUACCAGAGGAAAGACCGCGACUUCCUGGUCAACAUGGCAGGUUGCGAAUGGGGACGAGACUGUUGGUCCGAAAUUUAUAAUUACCGAGAACUAAGCAACUACCUGAACCGAACCCUCUGGGAGAAAUUCAAGGACGCCCUUAGUGACCAGUGGAACAAGAUGAUGGGCAAAGAGGUUAAGAAGCAUCCAUGA